AUGGUGCCGUUUUACUUCAGAUUCGUGAAAAUGGUAGCAAGUCCGUCGUCGCUUAUUAUAGUCAGGUCACGCAAGGGGCUGAGAGUAAUAAAUAGCAUCGAUAGGCCACGCAACUGGGCACGGAUAGCGCAAUCAGGAGAUGAAGAGACGCAAAAACUUAUGGAACAGUUAGAUGAAGGACAGUUAGAUGCUAGUCGAUACCAAAAAAGGAACGACAUCCUCUACUACAAAUAUACGCCUGUGGGUGAACAACCACGUUUAUUGUGCUACAUACCCAAAGAGGCCAGUCAUAAAAAGAAGAAGUGGUCUGAGGAAUUAUGGCGUCUGCAGUUGGUGCUCAAUAUUACUAAGCAAAAGACGACACAAAUGUCUCCAUUGAACCUUUUAAUUGGUUCUGAGGGGACAACUCCUGCGAUACAAGCUUUAGUCCGUGAUGUGGCUACUGAUUAUUCGGGAUCAAAUCGCCAGUCUUUACGGGAGUUAGCUAGGCAAAGGACGGCCGAACGUCUCAAAGAAAAUGAAAAGAAACAAAAUGAAUAUGUGAAUAAGGGACGUGAAUCGCCUCGCGCAUUUCAAGUCAAUGAUUUUGUAUUCGUCAUUAAGUACUCUCAAUCUAAAGGAAAAUUAGAUCCUGGAAUGCGUGGCCCUUAUAAGGUGACAAGAAUUCUUGAGAAUGGACGAUAUGAGUUACGGCUUGUGGCUGGAGACUAUGGCAAGCUGACUUAUGCUGCCGCUCAGUAUAUGGUGCCUUGGAAUGGAGAAUGGACCCCUGAUGAGUGUGCCGCUUUCUUUGAUAGUGUAGACCAAACCGAUGAGUUGACCCCUACGAGUAUAAAUUACCCUAUGGAAAUUAUCAGCGCCUUUGACCGAGGUGAUAAAGAAGCUGGACCUCAGACUGACGAGGACGCCAGGACAUCAGGAGAGGCCGUAUAAGGAGAAUUAGUGUGACUUUCCGAACGUCAUGCGUCAAGCUGUCAGAUGUCUUUUAAAGGCAUUCACUUUUUGGCGGGAAGCAGCGCGUUAUACGGUCAGGCGUAUCAUUGUAAACUGUUUAUGUAAUAAU